AUGAUUUUGGCCGCACCCCACUCCACUGGGCUGUAGUGAAUGGACAUCGGGAUGUUGUUGAAUUCCUUCUAAAACAUGACUUUGGCAGCUCGUCGUCUUCUUCAAGAUCAAGUAAUUCUAGCACAGUAGACCCAUCUAUCCGCGAUAAGAACAAUGAGACCGCUCUGGAGUUGGCUGAAAGAAGGGCUCUGUGCGCUAAUGCAGCUGACCGCGGGGGCGGCGGGUUACCUGCGAGUUUGUUUGGGGGUAUUGCGAAGCUGUUAGGCGGAAGUGGCUCGACCAAAAACCUACAGGAGAAGAAGGUGGCUCCUUAGGGUUUAGGGCUAGCAUAGGCUAGCAUGAUCUAAGGAAAUAAGGGAGGUAACGUUGACAUCAAGGCUACUCUUCCUUCUCAUCAGUAUCUUGGUUAUUCUGAUCAGUUACUUGCUUAUUUCAGUUUAUUGAAUACAUGGCCAACUACUUCAACCUAUAAAAAUUAGUACAACUAGUACUUGAUGUUUUGUUUUUCCCUAUUGAUUCGGUUUUCCCUUUUCGGUUUUCACUACCACUACCACUACACCACGUUCAUCAAGCAUGAGAUCAUCUGAGGUUUUAUUUUAUCGCAAUUUUACUCGUGCAAAGGAGUUGACCAGCAAACCGUGAUUUCGAGGAAGUCGAAAUGAUCCCCAACUGUCUAUAAUGAUCAUGUGUCUG